GCACGCUGGGUCGGAGCCGCCCGCUCCCCCGCGCCUCCUCCCCGUCCUCCGCAGCCCGCGGCCGGCGCCCGCUGACGGCUCUCGGCGCUGGGGGAGCGCUGCAGGGCGGCGGCGCUGAGGUAAAAGGCUCUUGACAACCGUGCAAGAAGGUGGAUUAUUUCUAAAACAAUGAGUGUGCGUCCCUAGUCAUGAUUUGUGGUUCAGUCCAGCUGGAGCUGUCUGAAUGAAGCUAUGGGCUGUGCAUCAGCCAAGCAUGUUUCUGCUGUUCAAAACGAAGAGGAAAUUCAGAAGGGGAAAAACUAUCAGAACGGCGAUGUGUUUGGUGAUGAGUAUAGGAUCAAACCAGUGGAAGAGGUCAAAUACAUGAAAAAUGGGGGAGAAGAUGAUCAGAAAAUAGCAGCCAGGAACCAAGAAAACUUGGAAAAAAGUGUCAGUUCCAAUGUAAGACUUAAAUCUAAUAAAGAGAUCCCGGGAUUAGUACAUCAACCCAGAGCAAACAUGCACAUCUCUGAAAGCCAACAAGAAUUCUUCAGAAUGCUUGAUGAAAAAAUUGAAAAGGGUCGUGAUUAUUGUUCAGAAGAGGAAGAUGUCACAUAGUGCCAAUUCUGCCAAACAAACCAGGAAUACUACUGUGUAAAUAGAUUACAACCCAGUUGAGACCUUUUGGAAGUCUUCUAGAGCGAACAGCACUACAUAAAAGAAGAUCAUUUCCACAUUAUAUGCUCCAUUCAGUUACAGUGUUUCGUAAUGAACAGAUGAGGAAUAUUGCUAAGAACUCAUAUGGAACUAUUUUUGUUGCUGCUAGUUAAAACUUGUUGCAACUUUUCACUUUCUCUGUGUCCAGAUAUGCAGCAAAUCCUUAAAGUUAAUCCAAAAGACGGUGUUGAUUUUACUAAGGCCUCUGGCCUGUUUUCUAUCAGAUGAGGUAGUGUUACACAGCUUCUAUAAGUGAACAUUCAAGCAUCUGAGAAACACCCUUAUGCUGUCUGUCAGUCGGCGUGCGGCCGGAGUGCUUAUUCAUGCUGGUGAUUUCAAGCUUUGGAGAUGGGAUGUUUUUGCCAUGGCUGGCCUUGUUUCUCUGCUGAGAAGAAGCUGAGAAACUUAUUAUCCAUUAAAAGCAUGUUAUCACUGAAAUGCUGGAAGUGAUGCAGGAGCAGGAAUUUGUAAGAGGAAAAGAGUUUCAUUUAAUAGGUAUCUUAAUCAAGGACUAAGCUUGCAGUAUUGGCUUUGCUGAGAAUGGGAGUGUGAUCACAAUCAUUUUGAAUCUCUUUUUUUCUAAGAAAAUAAACAUUUUACUGUUUUUAUGUA